UUAGCUGUUUAAGUCUUUUUUGGUAAAAGUGCAAUGAUGAUCCACACUCAGCAGAACAGUAAUCUCAGCGGCGGGCAGCAGAACCCGCCCGGGUCGGACUCCCCUCUCAGCCGGGCGGCUCACAUCUCGGUUGCCGUUGCCCUUGGGUUCAUCCUGGUCCUGGGCAUCCUCGGCAACUUUCUGUUGCUCCUGGUUUUCUCUCGCUACCCUGGGCUGCGGACUCCAGCCAACCUGCUCCUGGUCAACAUCAGCGUCAGCGACAUGCUGGUCUGCCUCUUCGGGACUCCGCUCAGCUUCGCGGCCAGCGUGCGCGGCAGGUGGCUGACCGGGUCCUACGGGUGCCGGUGGUACGGCUUCUCCAACGCGCUCUUCGGAGUCGUUUCUCUGGUGUCUCUCUCUCUGCUGUCUUUUGAGCGGUACGCCAUGCUGCUCAGCGGCUCGCAGCUCAACUCCUCACAUUAUCGCAGAGCCAGACUCUCCAUAGCGUUUUCCUGGCUCUACUCACUGGCCUGGACUUUACCGCCACUGCUGGGCUGGAGCAGUUACGGGCCAGAGGGUCCCGGCACCAUCUGCUCGGUCCAGUGGCGGCGCCGCUCCGUCACUGCUCGUUCCUACAUCAUCUGCUUGUUCAUCUUCUGCCUCCUCCUGCCUCUGCUGCUCAUGUUCUUCUGCUACGGCCGGAUCUUGCUGGCGGUCCGAGGCGUGACGAGACAGGCAGCUGGUAUCAACAAGUCGCAGGCCGAAGGUCGGAUCCUCCUGAUGGUGGUCGCCAUGGUGACAGCCUACCUGCUGUGCUGGAUUCCAUACGGCGUUGUGGCAAUGGUUGCCUCGUUCGGAUGGCCAGGAGCGGUGCCGCCUGCAGCCGCUUUGAUUCCCGCCCUGCUGGCGAAGACCAGCACCGUUCUCAAUCCGGUCAUAUGUGUGCUGCUCAACAACCAGUUCUCCAGAUGUUUCCUCGACAUGAUCAGCUGCAGGUCAGAGGAUUCUUCAGCCAACGUAUCGAGCAGCAGAAGCAUCUGGGCUCAGAACAUGCCAACAGAAGAGCCAAACAUGGACCCUGCUUUGCUCCCAUCCACAGACCAUAAUAUUCAGCUACCUGUGCAGGUCUAAAUGGAUCACAGUGAAAUGUAACAGCAUAAAGAAGCUAUUUCUGAUGAGCUUUCUGCCACUUAUUUUUCUUAAUCUAGAAGUCAGAGGUGCUGUGUUGUUAAAGCACCACAAGAG